AUGCUUCGUCAAACUACAGACUUUCUCGUCCGCACUAUCGGCCUGGUGCUGAUUUCAAGCGCGUACUUUUGGCAGUUCAACGCACUCACAGUCAUCGACCUCUUCGGUAUCGCCAAUCCCAAUGUCGACAAGGCGGCGCUAGGCCCUGCGAUUGGCUGCAGAAAUGCGGCGGCUGGUAUUAUGCUUCUUGUGCUCAGUCUUCAAGGACACCGCCAGCUUGCCGGAGUCUUCCUCUUUGUUUGGGUGACUCUUGUUGGCCCUGAGGAUAUCUUCCUUUGCAUCAAGGACGAUACUAGUUGGACGACCCAUGCGGUGAACUUGGGGAUUGGUUGGACCUUAUCGGUGCUUUCGUGGUACACUUGA